UUCCGCCCGGGCGGAAGCUCAGGGAGCGCAUCCCCGGCGAGCGCGGGUCCGGAGUUUUCCUUUGUACAGCCGGCUGGACCUGAACCGCGGCGCUAGGAUGGGAAACAGUGCCCUCCGCGCUCAUGUGGAAACCGCGCAGAAAACUGGUGUUUUUCAGCUUAAGGACCGUGGGCUGACCGAGUUCCCCUCAGAGUUGCAGAAGCUGACAAGCAAUCUCAGGACCAUCGACUUGUCCAACAACAAGAUCGAGAGUCUCCCGCCCAUGAUUAUAGGGAAGUUCACUCUGCUGAAGAGCCUCUCCUUGAACAACAACAAACUGACUGUUCUUCCUGAUGAGUUAUGCAAUCUGAAAAAACUAGAGACACUAAGCCUAAACAACAAUCAUUUGAGAGAGCUGCCAUCUACCUUUGGGCAACUGUCCGCCCUUAAGACCCUGAGCCUCUCUGGGAACCAGCUUCGAGCACUACCACCACAACUUUGUAGUCUGCGGCACCUGGAUGUACUGGAUCUCUCUAAGAACCAGAUUCGGAGCAUCCCUGACGCAGUGGGGGAGCUUCAGGUCAUUGAACUCAACCUCAACCAGAACCAGAUAUCUCAGAUCUCAGUGAAGAUAUCUUGCUGUCCUCGCCUUAAAGUUCUUCGUCUGGAGGAGAACUGUCUUGAGCUUAGUAUGCUUCCACAGAGCAUCCUCAGUGACUCCCAGAUCUGUCUGCUUGCUGUGGAAGGCAACCUUUUUGAAAUAAAGAAACUUCGAGAACUGGAAGGCUAUGAUAAGUACAUGGAGAGGUUCACAGCCACCAAGAAGAAGUUUGCAUGAUGCUCUCCAGGAGUGUGGGAACCUUAUAGGACCCUGACUUGGAACCUGUCACAACCUGGCUGAAUCAAAGACUCCUGUUGUCAAGGAUACCUGCAGUAACGUACUCCAGGAGAUUGUAUUUCACUCAGUGAUCUCUUUCCUUUCCAGGGCUCAUCUCAAAUAAGCUAAAAGGAAUCGAGAGACAGGAGGUCUUCCAUUUUGAGUCAUGGCUAGGGCAAAGGACAAUGCUGAUCUUCAAAACCAUCAUUAGUUUGGCUUUAAGGAACCCAGUAGCUAGCUGCUGUUUAUACAGGGAGGGGAUGCUGCCUGGUACCAGAAUAGCUCCACUACAGCUUGAAAUUUCGUGUUUCAAUGUAUAAGCUUUCAUAAAGUCAGUUGCCGUUCCACCUCUGUGUUGACAUUUCAUAUUUUUAUGAAAUUCAAGAAAUUCAUGAGAAGCUUCUAUGGUUAAUCUAAAGGUUUAUGAUUUUAUUCCAGUCCGUCAGUUCAACUGCAGUGUUUAUACUUGGAAUUUAGGAUGUACAUAAAUAUAUGACUGUCUUGAUUAAAAGUGUACUUUGUCAGAGAAGCAACAACACAAUACUAAGAUGUUCCCCCAAGGCUGCAGUAGCAAAUUUUUAUUUUUACUAUUGCAGGUGCCUUAUUGAUAGAGGGCUCUGAAGAGCUAAAACUGUAUAUGCAAAACUUGUGAGAUACAAAGGUUUUAAUAAUCAAGAUUUUCCUGAAACUUUGUUAGAAACAAUGUCUUUAUUUCUGGUGAUCUAUUUCCCUUUUUGUAUUUAAAACUCUAAUAAUUAAGUUACCUAUAAAAAAAACUACUGCUACAAUAUUUUAUAACUAUCUAUGUUUAUCAAAUUUAUUCUCUGAAUGAGAGGAUAUACUAAAUAAAGAUUUUUAAAUGAACU